AUAAAAUGCAGACUUUAAAUGAUUAUGAAAUAAUAGAAAAAUUGGGAUCAGGUUCAUACGGAGAUGUUAUGUUGGCAAAAUAGAAAGAGAGUGGAUAGUUAGUUGCAAUAAAGACUUUAGAGAAGCGAUUAUUAAUAAAGGUUUGAUCAUUUGUAUAUAAAAAAGCAAAAGAAAUAAUAUUAAGUUUUUAUUGAAAAAGAGGUUUUAAGUUAAGUAAAGCAUGCAGGAUUGAUAAAUUUGAUAGCUAGUUUUUAGAGUUCAAGUUAAAUAUAUUUGGUGCUUGAAUUUGUGGAGGGUGGAGAUUUUGGAAAUUUUCUGAAAAUAAAUAGUAAAAAAUGGUGUUGAAUAGAGUAGAGAAUAUGUGUGAAUAAAGUAUAGUAUUUUAUGGAGCAGAAAUAGUUAGUAUAUUGGAAUAAUUACAUAUGAAUGGAAUAGCUCAUAGAGAUGUAAAAGUAUAGUAUUUAGAAUGAUAAAUAUAGCCAGAAAAUAUAAUGGUUGGGAAUAAUUUACACAUAAAGAUGAUAGAUUUUGGGACAGCCAAUUUUUUUGAUGAGAGUAGAUUAGAUGAAAGUGUGAAAGAGAAAUUGAGGGAGUAGAGAGAAAUAAGUAAAUAGGAUGAAAGAUUGAUGGAUGAAAUAGAUGAAUAUUAAUAAAAGCAUAAAGCUACAUUUGUAGGAACAGCAGAAUAUGUAUCUCCAGAAUUAUUAGAAGACGAUACAUGUGGUCCUUAAGCAGAUUUGUGGGCAUUGGGGUGCAUAAUAUAUAAGAUGUUUACAGGAACAAGUCCUUUUAGUGAUACAACAGAAUAUUUAGUAUUUUAAAGAGUGAGAGCUUGUAAGUAUGAGAAGAGUAAUAAGAUUUCAUAGGAUGGAAUGGAUUUGAUAAAUAAAUUAUUAGUUAGAGAUCCAUUAAGUAGAUUAGGAGGUGGAUUUGGAAGUAUGUAUAAGAAAUAUAAAGAUUCAAAGAAUACAUAUAAAGAAUUAAAGAGUCAUAGUUUUUUUAAAGAAAUAAAUUGGGAUUAAUUAUGGAAUAUGAAAGGACCUGAUGGAAUUUAGAUUAAUUUAAAGAAAUAAAAUUUAACAUAAGAAUUAUAAUUCAAGAGACAGAGUUCUGCUAUUAAACCAGAAGUAGUAUUGACAGGAUUGGUAAAUAAAAAGACUGGUUAGUGAGAUGAAUAUUAUA